CUCACCCACAUUUGCUCCCGAUAAAACCUCUCUCUUGAACCCUUCACCUCCGUCGCCGAUUUCGCUCUCUCCGAUGGCCGCCGCCACCGCUGCCGCCUUCGUCAGUCGCCGACAUCUCCUUCGGUUCUCUCAUCUCGUCCCUUAUUCUUUCCUCUCUCCUUCUUCGUCUACCUUACACCUCCUUCCUCAGCCUGUCCGUCUCCGCCGCAACCUCCGGCGUGGAGUUGUCUUCCCGAACCGUCGCCACUUCGUCACCUCCGCUGUUCCCAGCUUCUCUUCCGGUGAAUCUGAUUCGACGUAUGACGUUAUUGUGGUUGGGGCGGGACACGCCGGAUGCGAAGCGGCCUUAGCUUCUGCACGUUUGGGGGCCAAAACUUUACUUCUCACUCUAAACCUCGAUCGAAUAGCUUGGCAGCCUUGUAAUCCAGCAGUAGGUGGACCAGCAAAAUCACAGCUAGUCCAUGAAGUGGAUGCACUAGGGGGUGAAAUUGGGAAGAUUGCUGACAGAUGCUACUUACAGAAGCGUAUUCUGAAUGUCUCAAGGGGUCCUGCCGUCAGAUCAUUGCGUGCCCAGACUGACAAAAGAGAAUAUGCCCUGGAAAUGAAAAAAGUAGUUGAAAGCGCUAGAAAUCUCUCUAUUAGAGAGGCAAUGGUAACAGAUAUCCUUAUUGGGAAGAAUGACAACGUGGAAGGGGUCAGCACAUUCUUCGGGAUGAACUUCUAUGCUCCUUCUGUUAUUCUCACCACUGGGACCUUUAUGAGUGGGAAGAUUUGGGUUGGUAGAAGAUCUAUGCCUGCUGGAAGAGCUGGUGAAUCGGCUUCCCAAGGAUUGACUGAGAACUUACAGAGACUUGGAUUUGAAACAGAUCGCCUGAAGACUGGGACUCCAUCACGUGUGGACUGCCGUACUAUAGAUUUUUCCAGAUUGGAGCCCCAGCAUGGAGAUGAAGAGGUCAGUUGGUUUAGUUUCGACCCGGACUUUCAUAUUGAAAGAGAGCAAAUGUGCUGCUACCUGACUCGUACCACUAAGAUCACACACGAGCUGAUCAGGGAGAACUUGCAUGAGACCCCAACCUAUGGUGGAUGGGUUGAAGCAAAGGGACCACGGUACUGCCCUUCAAUUGAGGAUAAGAUUGUAAGGUUUCAGGAGAAAGAGUCCCAUCAAAUAUUUCUUGAGCCAGAGGGACGAAAUGUUCCUGAGAUCUAUGUGCAGGGAUUCUCAACUGGCUUGCCAGAGAAUCUUCAGCUGCCGCUAUUAAGAACCUUGCCUGGACUUGAAAAUUGCUCUAUGCUAAGACCUGCCUACGCUGUAGAAUAUGAUUACUUGCCAGCUCAUCAGUGCUCAAGAUCCCUGAUGACAAAGAAAAUUCAAGGUCUUUUCUUCUCCGGUCAGAUAAAUGGCACAACUGGUUAUGAAGAGGCUGCAGCUCAGGGUAUUUUAUCUGGUAUCAAUGCUGCCAGACAUUCAGAUAAUAAGCCGCUCAUUGUUCUUGAGAGGGAAAGCAGUUUCAUUGGCACAUUGAUUGAUGAUCUAGUAACGAAAGACCUCCGAGAGCCAUAUCGCAUGUUAACAAGCCGUUCAGAACAUCGGCUGCUUCUACGAUCUGAUAAUGCGGAUAGUCGCCUCACUCCUUUGGGACGUGAAAUAGGAUUGAUAGAUGAUAGACGGUGGAAACUAUACCAAGACAAGCAAGCCAGGAUCUCGGAAGAGAAGAAGAGACUGAAGACUGUCAAGAUUUCAGAUGGAGAUUUGGCUGCUGAAGUUACUCAUUUGUCUGGUCAGCCGGUUCGAGAUUCCGCCACGCUUGAGACUCUUUUAAAGAAACCGCACAUCCACUACAAAGUUCUCGAGAAGCAUGGUUUUGGAAACGAAAUGUUAUCGAGAAUAGAGAAAGAAUGUGUUGAGAUCGAUAUAAAGUACGAAGGUUUCAUUAUGCGUCAGCAGAACCAACUACAACAGAUGGUCCAUCAACAACAUAGGCCACUUCCAGAUGAUUUGGAUUACUAUUCAAUGACAACGCUCUCUCAUGAAGCGCGUGAGAAACUCUCCAAGGUCAGACCACAAACGAUCGGGCAAGCGAGCCGAGUAGGCGGAGUCAGCCCAGCCGACAUCACAGCACUGCUCAUAAUACUCGAAUCUAACCGAAGAAGAGCUGAAGCACAAAAGAGAGCGAAAAUACUAGCUCGUGCAACUGUAGAAGCAUCCGAAGAAGUCGAGCUGAAAGCGCCUAUCAGCACUUGAUCCAUCGGGUUGUAUCCAUCCAUCUAUACAUCCGGCGGCACGUUUUUUGAAGCUUCUUCACAAGAUCGCAAUCCGCGGCGACAUUAGAGGUGAAUUGGCUUAAAACGCAGAAGCUGAGGGUUUGAUGAUUCAAGAUUCUACCGAUGAAGAACGCCACACUGUUCUUCGCUUUUGUCUCUGUGCUUCUUCAUUCUCAUGAUUUGGUUAUGCCCGCUUUAUAUUUUCCUUAGGAAUAUAAAUUAUUGAAUUUUUUU